AUCAGUAAUGCCUCAUGUCCAACUCAUGCGCCGCAGCCCUGCUUCUUGGUCAACCGUCGGCGACAAUGCAGGCUCCACGCAAACGCGUCCACCCGCCGUCCAUACACGCCUCUCCCUAUGGGGCCAAGAAACCUGCGCCUUCCGCUGACAUACAGCUCGCAAAACGGGUUUCCCAACUCUCUUGAGAGACUCAUGGCCAUCGCCCUUCAUCCCGCCACUGCGCCUAUCCCUUAAUGAGCGUCCUAGCAUCAUGUCUACCACUGUUGACCUGACGCCUUUGCGGCGGCUGUCGCACAUUGAGCACUUCUCGUCCACGCGUCACCACAUUGGCAUAUACCGCUGCGUCACCGUGACCUGCAGGUAUCAAGCCGCAUCGUCGUUAGCUGCACAAGCUCAAUUGGACACGGCCAAGCUGUACCCGGCUCUUGCAGCCGUCGUCGCCGCCCAGCCCAUGCUCCGCGUCGGUAUUCUGGGCCAGGACAGCAACGAGGCUCAUUUCUCUCAUGUGAAAGAAGUCGACCUGCGCAACCAUGUCUCCUUCAAAUCCCUCGAGUGCGAGUCGACGGAAACAUAUGAGGCCCUUGUUGCUGAGCAGCAGGGAUGGCACCACGAUCAAUUGUGGCCAGAGCUUGAGACGCGGCCACCGUGGCGCCUCGCAGUCCUUCAACCCGGUCCCAACAUGGACCGAGAAACUCAGCUUGCCGACAUUGUUUUUGCGUUCCACCACUCUCUCAUGGAUGGAACCAGCGGCAGACGAUUCCAUGAGCUGCUCUUGUCUGCCCUGAACGACCCACCCCAACCGGCUUGCAGCUCCCCUGACGCGCCGCAUCUGCUCUCCUUUCCAGACGCUCCCAAGCUGCCAGAGGCGCAAGAGGAUGCGAUUCCUUUCAGAAAUAGCAUUUCAUACGUGGCAAAGACCCUUUGGAGCGAGCUUGGCCCCGACAUCCUGAAGCCGCGCAAGGUCGUCCCGUGGCAUGGCAAAGCUAUCGACUUUGCCAUUCCAUACAAAACUCGCGUCCGUCCCGUCGAUAUCCCGCACGAGGUGGUUGUCAGCCUACUACAAGCUUGCCGGGAACAUUCAGCGACCCUUACUGGCUUGUUUCACGCGCUCACGCUCGUUUCGUACGCACGUCAGCUCCCGCCGGAUGAGGCCAAGUCGUUUGCAGCCAGCACGCCCAUCAACCUGCGUCCAUGGUUUGGGCCCAAGGCCGAUCCACAGUGCAAGGACCAUCUACGGUGCCUCAUCACCAGCUUUUCUCACGACUAUCCUGCUGAGGCAGUCGCCGCCAUCCGUCGACCGGAAGCAGACCUGGACGCACUCAUUUGGCAACAUGCAAAACGGAUCAAGAUGGAGCUCGUCGAAAGAUUGGCCACAUUGCCCAAAGACGACAUCAAUGGCCUCCUGAAAUAUGUGGGCGACUGGUUCGACUUUUGGGAGAAGAAGAAGGGCAAGACUCGGACCGAGUCUUGGGAGGUGAGCAACAUUGGCGUCUUACCGCGACCGCCAGCUGGUGCAUCCUGGUCCAUCACGCGCCUGCUCUUCAGCAACGGCUCCAUGGUCGCCGGUCCGGCGCUGGGCGUAAACAUUGCGAGCGCCGAGAACGGCAUCUUGACGGCCGGGAUCUCGUGGCAGGACACCGUGGUUCCCGACGAGCUGGUCGAUAGCCUCGAACGAGAUCUUAAAACGUACACACAGCGCCUGCACGACGCCGGCAAAUUCGGGGCUCCCUAGCGAUUACUCACUAAUAGAAUGAAACUAAUAGGUCCUGAUAGAGAACCAAAUUAUCAGCCGGGAAGGCCAUCGUACAUCGGCCGUAAUGUAAUCCUAAGUCCAUGGCAAGGACCUCGCUAUAGGAAAAAUACGAAAUCCGGCUUCGUGGCCAAGAAUCCGUUGUCCGGCGUAGCGCGGCUCCAAAUUUACGCUACUUCAUGGGACAUGGUAAGCCCGCUGCCGGGCCAAGUACCGAGCAUCGAUGCGGUGUGAGCCGGCUU